AAACGAAUAUCAGUGUGUUGUCUUGCCAGGUAAUCAGUGAGUGAGCAUGUAGCUUUUCGUCACGCAAUGGUCGGAUAUUGUGCUUAUUCUUUGAGGUCAGUCAUCUGGAAUGAGAUGCGUACACAAAGGGAAGAAUGGAUAUCCUCUGCGAUCACAACUAGCAUACAACAAAUAAUUACAGCCUAACAGAUUGAGAGAGAGAAAGUGAGAGACACAAAAUAUCAAAGGGAGUAAACUGACAUUACUUGGAAAACGUAUGCUGUCCACCCACAACCCUCCCGUAUUAUUUCGAUUCACACAUCUCAUUGUAUUUUUUGCAGAUGAUCUGAAAGACGCGUUUCCCAGUGACACAAAGAAGAUUGAUCAAUAUGUCGCUUGUAUAAACAGAAAUUUCCAAAAAUACUACGAACCGGACUUCUUCAAGUUGACGAUAGCGUCAUUGCGAGUCCUCUUUGAGGAAUAUGGUGAACUUGUUCAGGAAAUAAAUUGGGAUUUCGUUCGAUACAAACCCACAUUACUGGAGAAUAAAAGAUGGGAGAAAAGCAGGAAAUAUGGACCUGAAUAUAAUGGAUGUGACGAGUUCCGGCCAUCUAUCUCUUCUCAAGGUAUCAGAAGUUGGAAUCUCUUAGUAUCUGAAGCAUAUGACGAAAUCACUACACGUGAGGAAAUAAAAGCUUUAUUGCCAAUAUAUGAAAAACUCGCUGACAGACUGACGUCUGCUCACCAGUGGUUCCGGUCGAAAAAACAGUGUUGACACGCCUAUUAUCGACUUCCUUUUUUUCUCAUGUUUUACCAAUGAUUAAACAGUGAUUUAACAGCGCAGCCUUCUUUGUUUAAUAAUAAUAAUAAUUCAAUAAUAAUCAUAAUAAAGUAAUUAUAAGCCAA